GAGGCGGGCUCUUUGUUGAAAGAAGCGUGACCUUGCCCCCUUAUCAUGUCGGGGCGUAGCGCGCCUGUGACAAGAGCAGCAGGUCUACAAUCCCACAAAUAGCGCACUAAUCUCUCCUUGUAUGGGGGUAGCCGGGCUUGUGAUAUUUAUUAUUGCGCUUGGGGGUAUAUCAUGUACUGGUAAAGCACGCUGGUUUCGCUUGUCGCCAUAUAACGCCUCGCCCGUCUCCGGCAGCUCUCUGAUCUCAAUAAUCCAAUCUGGCCAUAGAGGCAGCGACUUUGACUCUAUGUCUGUGUCUCGAGGUUCCAGACCCACGGCAUCUGUCUCCCUCCGCUUUAUCGAAACUCGGGGUAUAUAUAUAUGUGUGUGUGUGUGUUCAUAGUGCUGUCUCCUCCUCUUCCGUGUCCAUCCAUUAUUUGCAGCCAGCAGCUAGCAGAUACACACGCAGCUUGCCCCUUGUCGUGUGUCUUUCGUCUCAACAAACCCAAGAAAGAAGUC